GCCUGGAUCCAUACCAGAUGCAAGAACCACUUUGUUCCGAUGCAUUUGCGUCUCAUCAAAGCGUUCAUGGCAGGCCUCUUUCUUUCGUUUGGCGAUCUCCUUCUGCAAACUGUACAUAAUGACCCUAUAUUCGUCCGGGAAAAUGGGCCGGGGAUGCUUGUCGUUUUUCCCGUCGGGUUAAUUAUGAUUACACGCUUCCAUGUGGACCUCAUCACGGCUUCUCAUGCAAUUAUUCUUAUGGCAACGUAG